AUGUCCACAUCAGCAACAAACCUUGCACGUUUUUUCCUUCGAUCUGGCCGAUCCACAAGUCAAAAGUUUCCCACUUCCUAUCUUUUAACUCAAGGGUACUUCGGGUAUGUUGACACAGCUCCUUGUAUAAAAUACGCAACGCUGCCUCCUGUGACCACUUCAAAUACUUCGAACCUAUCAUGCACUGAAUUCAAGCAACUAAGCGAACACGUUUUGGAGUAUUUAACUAAUGCAUUUGAGGAUCUUUCGGAUAACUUUGAUCUUGGCUCAGAAUAUGACGUUUCCUAUUCUGACGGAGUUUUGACAAUCAAAUUUGGAUCUCGGCAUGGGACGUACGUUUUGAACAAACAGACUCCUAAUAAGCAGAUCUGGCUAUCCUCUCCAAAAAGUGGCCCUAAACGAUAUGACUACAACCCUUCGAAUGGCUCGUGGAUCUAUCGUCACGACCAGAGUGAUUUAUUUCAGCUCCUUUCCAGUGAAAUUUCGGAAAUCUUACAAGCCAAUAUUGUGUUCAAGAAACCUCGACUGGAUUUGUAG